GCCUGCGUGGAAGCUGCAGGAGCGCUCGGGCUGCAUAAAUAGUGCUGGGAGCUGCCGGCUCUGCAGGUACCGCGGCACUGGCAGCACAGGAGUCCCCAGCACUCAGGAUGGCGCCCAAGGCGGCCGCCCUUGUCCUGGUUCUCCUUGCGAUCUCAGGCUCGCGGGCCGAUGUGAACCCUGACGAGGUGGCCAGCGUGAUCUGGAAGUACUUCACGGAGCUGGGCAGCAAUGCCAAGGACACGGUGGAGCAGCUGCAGCAGACCGAGAUCAGCAAGCAGCUCAACACCCUCCUGAAGGGCAACCUGCAGAGCGUCAGCGCCUACGCCGAGGACCUGCAGGAGCGCCUGGUGCCCUUUGCCACCGAGCUGCAGGCGCGGCUGGCGCAGGACUCGCAGCGGCUGAAGGAGCAGAUCCGGCGGGAGCUGCAGGAGCUGCAGGCCAAGCUGGCGCCCUACGCCGACGAGGUGCACCAGCAGAUCGGCACCAACAUCCGGCAGCUGCAGGCCAAGAUGAGCCCGUACGCCGAGGAGCUGCGCUCCCAGGUGGACCGCAGCGCCGGGGAGCUGAAGCGGGCGCUGGAGCCCUACGCGGCCGAGCUGCGGGAGCGGCUGCAGGACAACGCCGACAGCAUCCAGGCCUCGCUGAGCCCCUACGCCGACCGGCUGCAGCAGCAGAUCGACGGCGGCGUGGAGGGCGUCAAGCAGCGGCUGUCGCCCAUGGCGGACGAGCUGAAGGCGCAGGUGGAGCAGAGCGUGGCCGAGCUGCGGCGCGGGCUCGGCCCCUACGCCCAGGAGGUGCAGGAGGGCCUCAACCGGCAGCUGGACGGCCUGAGCGCGCAGAUGGAGCGGGCGGCCGAGGAGCUGCGCGCCCGCCUGGCCGCCAGCUCCGAGGAGCUGCGCGCCCAGCUGAGCCCGCUGGCCCGGGAGCUGCGCGAGGCGGCGAGCGGAGACGCCGGGAGCCUGCGGCAGCGCCUGGCGCCCCUGGCCCAGCAGCUGGAGCAGCGCGUGGGGCAGACGCUGGAGACCUUCCGGCAGCAGGCGGCUCCCUUCGGAGAGACCUUCGGGAAGCAGCUGGUGCAGCGGCUGGAGGAGAUGCGCGGCAAGCUGGACUCGGGCGCUGCCGGCGUGGAGGAUCACCUGGAGCUGCUGGAGAAGGAGGUGCGGGAGAAGGUGGCUGCUUUCCUCAGCACCGUGCCACCCCCACAGAAUUAAACCACCCCGCCCGGCCAUCCACACACAUUCCGAGCGUUCCUGGCCACUUCCAGUGGUAGAAAUAAACCUCCUUGUGAUGCA